UUGUGUCUAAAGCAAACCGUCAAAUACUACACUGAUCGCAGGACGCCUGUGUACGCGUGCUUCCUCGACCUUUCCAAGGCCUUUGACCUGGUGACAUAUAACCUGCUGUGGGACAAGCUGCAAAGCAUAGGCUUGCCUCAAGAACUUAUCAGCAUGUUCCGGUACUGGUACGCAAACCAGGCCAAUAAUUUUUUAUUAACAUUGUUGUUAAGCCAGUUUUUUGACAUAUAUUUCUUAAAUUUACGCAUCGCUUGCAUAUCAUUGUGUUCCUCCAUCUCAUUCAAUAUAUGA